AAAGAUAUUGACAAAUUAUCUAAUUUCUUUUUCCUUCUAAGUAGAUAUUCCUCUUCACCGAGACCUUACAAAUCCUUUCCUUUCUCUUUUCCUAUCUGGACUUUGCUUCUCCUAUUCUGCAACUUCUCCACUUUACAUCCAAAGACAACUUCAAAGCAAGAUGCUUUUAUUCAAUCCCGUCACUUCACUAUCAGUUCCUCUAACCUUAUCUCCAAAAACCCAUUACUCCCCUUCCCUUUCCUCUCUCAAAAACCACCCCUCUUUUCUCACCAACAAAAACCAUAACCCAACAAGAAGAAAGCUUCUGAUAGUGCAAGCUAAAGGUGAGGACUCAGCUGAUGGCCCUGACAGGUUGAUUUCAGCAAUAUGUUAUUUUUAUCCUUUCUUUGAUGGUAUACAGUAUGGGAAGUAUGUUAUAACACAGUUCACUCCCAUCCAAGUGCUGAUACAACCUCUUUUCCCAGCCAUUAAGGUUUUCAAAAGCUUCCCCUUGAAUGGGUUUUUAGUGUUUUUGACUUUGUACUUUGUGGUUGUUAGGAACCCCAAUUUUAGUAGGUAUGUCAGGUUCAACACUAUGCAGGCGAUUGUGCUUGAUGUUUUAUUGAUAUUCCCGGAUCUGUUGGAGAGGAGUUUCAAUCCAAAAGAAGUUGCCAAGGUUGCCUAUUGUCGCUGAAGCUGCUGAUAGACAGGUUCUUUGAUGCCAUUUAACCUAUUUGCUGUUCAGAUUGAGAUUUUUGUCCCCUAGUGUUGGGAAAUUUGGCAUAAUGAUUUGGUGCUUGUCCGGAAGAAGCAGAAGAAGAUAUAUACAAUUAUUCACUAUCGUUUCAUGUUUUGUUUGAAUCAGAAGAGUAAUUUGCUAAGGUUGUUUACUGGUUAGUUGAAUUGUAGAUUGUUAAAUUGGGCAUAUUAUUAAAUUAUGAUCAAAAUAUUUCAUUUUUAUCCA